AUGUUCAUUCACUGGGAGGUGUUUUAUUACGUUUUCAUACUUAUGACUCACAUGAGGUCAUACUGCUGCUGGUCAGUGAAUAAUUUCUUGAUGACCGGACCCAAGGCUUACCUGAUUUACUCGAGCAGCGUGGCAGCAGGAGCUCAGACAGGCAUCGAGGAAUGCAAACACCAGUUCGCUUGGGACCGCUGGAACUGCCCAGAGAGAGCUCUGCAGCUGUCCACACACAGCAGCCUGCGCAGUGCAAAUCGUGAGGCCGCAUUCGUCCAUGCCAUCAGCUCUGCGGGCGUCAUGUACACCCUAACCAGGAACUGCAGUCUGGGAGACUUUGAUAACUGCGGCUGCGAUGACAGCAGAAACGGACAACGAGGCGGUCAUGGCUGGCUGUGGGGUGGCUGCAGCGACAACGUUGGCUUCGGCGAGGCCAUCUCGAAACAGUUCGUGGACGCCUUGGAGACCGGGCAGGACGCUCGGGCAGCCAUGAACCUCCACAACAACGAGGCUGGUCGAAAGGCGGUCAAGGGGACCAUGCAGAGGACAUGCAAGUGUCACGGUGUGUCUGGAAGCUGCACCACUCAGACCUGCUGGCUGCAGCUGCCAGAGUUCAGGGAGGUGGGCAACUACCUAAAGGAGAAGUACCACCGGGCAGUGAAAGUGGACCUCCUCCGAGGAGCGGGGAACAGCGCGGCCGGCCGAGGAGCCAUUGCCGAGACGUUCAGCUCCAUCUCCCGCAAGGAGCUGGUCCAUCUGGAGGACUCUCCCGACUACUGCCUUGAAAACCGCACUCUGGGCCUGCCGGGUACGGAAGGCCGCGAGUGCCUGAAGAAAGGCAAGGGCCUGAGCAAGUCAGAGAAACGGAGCUGCAAGAGGCUGUGCGGCGAGUGCGGCUUGGCUAUGGAGGAGCGCAAGACUGAAAUGGUGUCCAGCUGCAACUGCAAGUUCCACUGGUGCUGCGCGGUGAAGUGCGAGCAGUGCAGGAAGACGGUGACCAAGUACUUCUGCGUGAAGAAGGGAGGUCAGUGGGAGAGGAACGAGAGCGCCACGAGCCGCAGGAAGAGCCUCAGACUGAGGAAGAGGCACUGAGCGUGUCCAGCAGCCGGACGCUCAGUCUGCACGGACUGCUUCGUAGCACAGAGGCCCGUC